GGGCUGCUACUGAGGGGAGCAGAGUAACGUUGAGGCAUUUCCACCGUGGGAUCAACCAACGCUUUUCUUACUAUGGCAGCAAUUAAAUCGAGGACUCGCCGGUCUAGAGUGGUGUCCAACCGGAGCUAUGAUCACCGGCCGUCAAGUUGUAUGGCGGGUAGGAGACCCUCGCACUUCUUCAAGAUCAUACUCCCCUCUACCAUUCACGACAAGAAACUGAGGAUUCCUGAAAAGUUUGUAAGGGAAUUUGGGGAUGAACUGUCUGAUGUUGCUACACUCACUGUUCCCAAUAAUGGUCAUUUUUGGCAAGUGGGAUUGGAGAAAGCCAACAAGGAGAUUUGGUUUCAUGAUGGUUGGCAGGAUUUUAUGGAAUCCCAUUGCAUUCAUUACGGCUACUUUUUAGUAUUCAGAUAUGAAGGAAAUUCAAAAUUCCAUGUUCUUGUAUUUGAUAAUACUGCAACUGAGAUUCAGUAUCCACGGAGCAAGGAUUGUAAAUUGGAAGAUGAGGUGGACGUAAUGGAAUCAGAUGAUGCAAAAAAAUCAAGGCAUUACAAGUUGAAAGAAAAUGAAAUGUCUGAAGCAGUGGAUCGAGGAAGAUACGUUAGGGAAAGAUUUUCUGUGACAUCUGCAAAAGGAAGACUGAAGAUGUCCAGCGGAAGAGAGAGAGCGAUCCGAGCAGCCAGAAAGUUGAAGCCUAAAAGACCUUCGUUCAUGGUCAUCUUGCGCCCACAUAAUAUACGUCAUCGAACUUUGUAUGUGCCUUCUGGAUUUGCUAAAAUGUAUCUUACUGGGCGUCAGCUUAUCAAGCUUCAGACCUCUGAUGGGAAACAAUGGCGUGCACGGUGCCAUGACCAUAGUCUUUCAAGUUCAGGAAAGAAUAUAGGGAAGGGAUGGAUCGAGUUUUGCAGGGACAAUAAUUUAGGGGAAGGAGAUGUUUGUGUCUUUGAGCUGAUCAAGAGAAAGACUGUUGUACUUAACGUCUCAAUAUUUCACUUGGCUCACUAAGAUGAUCAAUCACAACUGGUUUUUAGGUCUGUAAAAAAAAUUAAAGCAUAUAUA